CUUGUUCUCGGAUAACAGCAGCCACGUCGCAAGCAGGCGAAAUGCUUCUUUUUUUGGCUCUUCCCAGCAUCUGUAGUUAGGUCGGCAGCGCGUUUGUUUUGGCUGUGUAUUGGUUAUUGGCGUUUGGUGUCAGGUCGAUCACCUGCUUUAAGCUGUGGCAUCAUGUCUGACAAAAGUGAGCUGAAAGCAGAGCUUGAAAGGAAGAAGCAACGCUUGGCACAAAUCAGAGAGGAGAAGAAAAGAAAGGAGGAGGAGCGCAAGAAGAAAGAGGCAGAACAAUUGAAAGAUGCCGCACUUCACCAGGAUGAUUCUGACCUGGAGAAAAAAAGACGUGAGGCUGAUGCUCUUCUACAGAGUGUGGGCAUAACCUCAGAUAUUCCAGUUGUCCCUCCUCCCAUGUCUCCGACUACCAAAUCGGCAGGCACACCCAGUGAGGCAGGGAGCCAGGACUCUGAUGGAGCUGUGGGACCCAGGACUCUGCACUGGGACUCUGACCCGUCCACUCUUCAACUUCACUCUGAUUCUGAGCUGGGGCGAGGAACUCCAAAACUGGGAAUGGCUAAAGUCACACAAGUGGACUUCCCUCCACGUGAAACUGUAUCCUACACAAAAGAGACCCAGACACCUGUCAUGACCCAGCAAAAAGAAGAGGAAGAAGAAGAGGAAGAAAUUGCUCCGUCUCAACCGGUAGUCGAGAUUCAGACAGAGAAACCGGACCAGAAAGAGGAGGAGGAAGCACCCCCCCAUGAGCUGACAGAGGAGGAAAAACUCCAGAUCCUGCACUCUGAGGAGUUUGUUAAUUUCUUCGACCACAGCACUCGCAUUAUUGAGCGAGCCCUAUCGGAGCAUGUGGACCUCUUCUUUGACUACAGUGGUCGUGACCUGGAGGAGAAGGAGGGUGAAAUCCAGGCCGGAGCAAAGCUCUCUCUCAACAGGCAGUUCAUGGAUGAGCGCUGGUCCAAGCAUCGUGUCGUCACCUGUCUGGACUGGUCUUUACAGUAUCCUGAACUUCUGGUUGCCUCAUACAACAACAAUGAGGACGCUCCUCAUGAGCCAGACGGCGUGGCCUUGGUGUGGAACAUGAAGUACAAGAAAGCUACACCGGAGUACGUCUUCCACUGUCAGUCUGCCGUUAUGUCGGCUUCAUUUGCCAAGUUCCACCCUAACGUUGUGGUGGGGGGGACAUACUCGGGGCAGAUCGUACUGUGGGACAACAGGAGCAACAAGAGGACCCCGGUGCAGAGGACUCCCUUGUCAGCAGCAGCACAUACGCACCCAGUAUACUGUGUGAAUGUGGUUGGCACCCAAAACGCCAACAACCUGAUUAGCAUCUCCACUGAUGGCAAGAUGUGCUCCUGGAGUCUGGACAUGCUCUCUCAGCCACAGGACAGCAUGGAGCUGGUGUUCAAGCAGUCCAAAGCUGUAGCUGUUACCUCCAUGUCUUUCCCUCUUGGCGAUGUCAACAAUUUCAUGGUGGGCAGCGAGGACGGCUCUGUCUACAUGUCAUGUCGUCAUGGAAGCAAAGCGGGCAUCAGUGAGAUGUUUGAGGGCCACCAUGGGCCCAUCACAGGGAUCGACUGCCACACAGCCCCAGGGCCCCUGGACUUCUCCCACCUCUUUGUUACCUCCUCUUUCGACUGGACUGUCAAGCUGUGGAGCACCAAGAACAACAAGCCGCUCUACUCAUUUGAAGAUAACUCGGAUUACGUGUACGAUGUCAUGUGGUCUCCGACUCACCCUGCUGUGUUUGCUUGCGUAGACGGAGUGGGCCAUCUCGACCUGUGGAACCUCAACAGCGACACCGAGGUUCCCACUGCCAGCGUGACAGUAGAGGGUAACCCAGCCCUCAACAGGGUCCGAUGGGCUCAUUCUGGCAGAGAAAUCGCUGUGGGAGACUCUGAUGGACAAGUUCUUGUGUAUGAUGUUGGAGAGCAAAUUUCGGUUCCACGAAAUGACGAAUGGACUCGUUUUGUCCGCACACUGGCAGAGAUCAACGAGAACAGAGAUGAUGCAGAGGAGCUGGCAGCUCAGCGCCUGGCUGCCUGAACCCCCUGCCAUGGACGUGAUGUUUAAGGGACCAGUGGCGCUCUUGUUAUCAGCCCUGUUUUGAUUGGAGGAAAAGAUGCCAUGACAACAUGACUGGAAGAAAACAUUAAGUUUUGAUCAGAAAGCAGUAUUGACAUCUUUUGAUUUCUUACUCCUCCUUAUUUGGACAACUCUGCCUUCUUAGUUAGCUGGACCAUCACCAGUCUUCCUUGGAAUAACACAAGCAACAGGGCUAUCAACCUCAGACACUAUCAUGAAGCCAUACACACAAACACAAACCAGUCGUCCUUUCUUCAACCAGAUGCCUUAAACUUUGAUUUUAAUCUUUCCUACCUGUCUUCACUUAGGGAAUGUUAUCAGCCUUAAUUUUGAGUUGAGUUUUUCAACCCAAAUAUGUGCCCCACUACACCCCUUCAUAGCUAAACUCCAUUUUCACAAAGGUAGUAAAGCAAUCACAUCUUGAAACACCCAGGAAUGUAAACUUCUUGUAACUGUAGCCCAUGUUGUCAUCUCUGUUCCUGUUAGACUUGAUAAACUAAAUAUUGACUUGUUUGUAAAAUACUGAAAUGUCCAAAAUCCAAAUGUCUUUCUACUUUCUAUAUUCUAUACUGCACCAGUUUUCACUUAAUCAGUACAGCUGGUUAGACUUUAGAUAGUUGGAAUAUCCUCAAAGAUAAUCUUGUAUGCUGUAACUGCUCAGUGAUGUUUUUUCUCCUGAAGAAUCUCAAAGCUUGGUGUCAAAACUGAGAAUGUACUUUUCACACCAUAGAAACAGUUGAAUGAUUUAUUUCAAUAAAAUACAAUAAAUACAUUUAAAUAAUU